CCGAUUGACUGAUUAUCAUGAAUAAUUGUCAAGGUGGUUGGAUUGCCAGCUACGACGUAGUUUUAUUAACAGUUGGAAUUUUCCUAGUUUCUAUUUCAAUUCAUGGUCAAACGGUCAAGUUGGUGAAGUUAACAGGAUGUCGGACAUUCCUGAUUACACUCGCAAUGUGUCACUCAGACUGUCUAAAGUACUUGAUGAGAUUGGAGUGAACGAAAGAAUGGUAAUAAAAAGAAGGCGACUACAGCUUAUGAAUGAAACAUUACAUACGAUAACAACCCAAUUAUCACAGGGAGAUGCGAAUGUGUAUCACUUAGGUAGUAGAGUAGAAGGUACUACAACACUUGGGCUAAAUUCUGACAUAGAUUUUCUUUUCACACUUCCCGGAUACAAAGUGAUAGAAGACUGGAAUGAAUGGGAACCUGAUAGAGGAAACCUGUUAAUGAUACAGGAUGAUACCGUAUCACCAGGAUAUUGCUUAUUACAGAUCCUGAGAAAUGAUGCUCCACUUUCAGAAGAUAAUGUGUAUGAUCAGUACUCGUAUAGAGAUAGAAUAGGAAGAGUACUACUUAAGAAUUCAAUAAAUAAUCCAGCGGCUGGUGAUGGGCGUGUUAGACAUGGUCCCGCAAAAUCAAGAAAGGCAAGACUUGGUUUCGUUAGUCAAGACAUUGUCCUUGCAAUUACUUGUCAACAAUGGCCAUUACAAGCCAGACGUUGGAUUUAUCAGCAUGGUGAAGGCCAAUGGCCUACAUAUGAUAUGAAACAAUAUUGUAAAGAUACGGGAUGUUUCGUUGUAGGAGUUGGAAGCAAAGGCAGUGUUAAUGAAGAACUUGAAUGGAGAAUAUCCACUUCCCUUGCUGAGAGAUAUCUGAUGUUUAAUCUUAAUAUAACACAAAUCAGAUGCUAUGUCUUAAUGAAAAUGAUUUUAAAAACGUUUAUAACUACACAAUGCCCUGAUAGCAUUUCAAGUUACAUGUGUAAAACGGUCAUGUUUCAUUGUAUUUCAAGUACAAACAACAAUACUUGGAACGAAAAAACCUUGCUUAUUUGUUUGAAUUAUUGUCUUAUAGUACUUUACAAUUGUGUUCUAAAUGAUAACUGUCCGCAUUUCAUCAUCCCAGAGAACAAUUUAAUGGCGAGACGUUUUACUCCAGUAACAAAACAAGUCAUAGUAGAUAGACUUCGUUACAUUAUUAACAGUAACGGCAGUGCUUUACUUGAAAUAGAAUGUGAUCAACUUGGGAACAGAAUUAAAUACACAUUUUUGAGAUUCGUAGAGAUUGCUUUAGAGAUUGAGAGGUCUUGUGUGAUUUCAGGACAAGUGGUUAAAUAUACUGCCAAUGUAGUCAAUAAAUGUUGCAUGGCUAUUCUGAUUAAAAUGAAUAGAAUCAAUAACACCAGACUUUUAUUUCAAACAUUACGUAAAUACCUAAUCCUAAUGAAAGUAACUCAUAACAUGAACCAAGGGCAAACUAAAGAAGCAUGUAGAACAAUGGCUAAAUUUCUGAGCUUACAUUUAGGAUCCACGCUAGCUUCAAUUAACAUACAAAGAGAAGGUGUUGUGUGCCGAGAAUCUACCGAUUUGGUGUCAUUAGGCCUAAACAUUGAUGUAGCAUAUGGAAAACUGAAACUAGCAUCAAUUUUCUAUUGUACUGGAGAUUUUGAAAGGACAGAGCUUAUUUUGAAAAAUAUCGAAGAAAAGUAUGAUCUCAAUGUAGUUGAACCAACAUGUCAUUGCUACGCAUUUGAAAACUCUGGAGGUAAGAGGGCAUUCAAUAAGUUAUGUUAUGAAGCAGAUUAUGAAUAUAUAUUGUUACAGAGUAUAACUGCAUCAUGUGUCAGGUUUCUUCGAGGUGAAAUAAAUUGUUGUCCACAGGAAUUCCAACAUGAAAUGUUCAGAUCAUCACAGCAAGACCUUCCUUAUAGAAGUGAAGACGAUGAAUGGAUGGAUAUGGCUUUUGUAGAUUCUCUACCUUAUUUAUACUUUCUUCAAUAUAAGACAUAUUCUAAUCUCAGAAGGCAUCAGGAUAAACAGACUGCAAUUUUCAACAUUGCAAAAUGCAUUGUAAAGGAGCCAAAUUUCGGACAUAAAGAAACAGCGCUUAACCUUCUAGGUCAGUGUAUGGAACAAGAAAACAAAUUGUAUGCUGCUUUAGAGUGCUAUCUGUUAUCACUGAAAAUACGAGACAAAAAUAACGCUGCUAAGCUUCAUAUCUGUAGACAACUAAGCUCAAUGUUGGGUCCAAGCUUGCAUUAAAAUAAAAUUGGAAACAUUUA